AUUCAGUUUCUUCGCUCCAAAAGAAAAGCCUCCUCGGAGAUUCUGCUUGUCUUCCUCACAUUUUCUCCUCUCUUUAGGGUUUCCUUUCUCCCUUCUGAUUCUUUUUUUUUUUCUUUCCUUUUUUUCUCUUCUCUCUAUCCCAUCAACACAAACCGCUAAGCUUCUCCAUUACGCUCCUCCUCGUGAGAAUUCUCCUUCUCUUUUUACAGAUUCUUCUCCAAAUUUAUUAUCUUUUUCGUUUUCUCUUUUUCUUUGCUCGCAUUUCUAUGAGAUUUCUCCGCGGUUUUGAUAACUUGUUCCACUUGCUUUGCUUUGUGGCUUCAUAAAGCUUCUUCUGUCGAUUUGAGUAAUACAUAUAAAGCCAGUUUUCCACUUUUCUUUAUUCCACAACUUUUUGAGGAUUCUGAUUUCUUCGAGCAAUUUUGUUGGUGGGUUUUGGUUCUUCCGCAAGAUUUUAAUAUUUGCUCGAGUAGAUCCGAUUUCUCCCUUCAAACUCAACGGAAGUUUGCCACAAUUUGGGAAUGUUUAUUUGGUGUUUCAUAGUUCGAUCUGCAGUUUGAUCUGGGUGUCCUUGUGUUGCUGAUUUCAAGUUAUUGUGUGUUGAAGUUUUGAAUUGGAGCCUGCGACUUUCUAGUAAUUUAGUAAAGUUGAGGAGGAUUUUUUUUCUUCGAAUUAUUGGUUGAUCUGUGCCCCAGGCCCUAGCCGAUGCUGCAGGAACUUGCAAUUAUUAAAAUUUUUUGAUAGGCCAGCACAGCAGAGGCUAUUUUUCCGAGCUUUUAAAGCUGGGAAUUUGACAUCUAGGAAUUGAUUCGUGCCAAGGGCUGUUUGUACUUCUUCUGGGAUAAAGUCAAAAUCGAAUUUAUAUAUUAAUUUAUGUCUUGGACAGAAAUAUGGCUACGGGUAUAGAUUUUUCACCUCCCUUCACACUACUGGAAGGCGGCGGAUACAGUAAGGACAAUGUAUCAGCCACAGACGACGAAAAUUCUGAUAGCUUUAAUAGUUUGAAACAGAUGAGCAGUGGGAAGCCUCCCCGACACCUCUCAGUAAUGCGACAUAGUGUGGGCUCCUUAAAGCUCCUUGGCCAAACUGAUUUAAGCUUGGAUGCGGAAACUCUUGGGAAUAGGUCACCUGAUGGAAAAGCAGGAUUCUUACCUGUCUUUAGGUCAGGUAGCUGUUCAGAAAGGGGACCUAAACAGUACAUGGAAGACGAGCACAUAUGCAUCGAUGAUCUUGUUGAACAUAUCCAUGCUUGUGAAGAUUUCACUUCUCCUGGAGCUUUCUAUGGUGUAUUUGAUGGCCAUGGGGGUACAGACGCCGCUGCUUUUGUUAGAAAAAACAUCCUCAGAUUCAUAAUCGAAGACUCCUGUUUCCCAAUUAGCGUAGAGAAGGCAAUUAAGAGUGCUUUUCUGAAAGCUGACUACGCAUUUGCUGAUGCUAGUUCUCUGGAUAUCUCCUCCGGCACAACUGCCCUAACUGCUUUAAUUUCUGGAAGAACAAUGAUUAUUGCGAAUGCUGGGGAUUGUCGAGCUGUUCUGGGGAGAAGGGGAAAAGCCAUUGAGGUGUCAAAGGAUCACAAGCCCAACUGUGCAUCUGAAAAGCUUAGAAUUGAAAAGCUGGGUGGGGUGAUCUAUGAUGGAUACCUGAAUGGGCAGUUAUCUGUUGCACGUGCAAUAGGAGAUUGGCACAUGAAAGGUGCUAAGGGUUCUGCCUGCCCUCUGAGUGCAGAGCCGGAGCUGCAGGAACUGAACUUGACGGAGGAAGAUGAAUUUCUAAUAAUGGGAUGCGAUGGGCUUUGGGAUGUGAUGAGCAGUCAGUAUGCCGUUACAAUGGCGAGGAAAGAGCUGAUGCUACAUAAUGAUCCAGAGAGGUGUUCAAGAGAGCUGGUACGGGAGGCACUAAAGCGAAAUACAUGCGAUAAUUUAACUGUUAUUGUGGUCUGUUUUUCGGCUGACCCACCCCCUCGGAUAGAAAUUCCUCCAACUCGAGUAAGGAGAAGCAUAUCAUUAGAAGGGCUGAAUUUGUUGAAAGGUGUACUGGACUGCAAUUCUUGAUUUUAAAUGGAGAAAAUGUGAGAGUUGGUGUAUAUAUAACAUUGGUUAUGCAGACUGGGCUACGGUCUCUCGACCCGAGCUGCCGAUGCCCUUUUUUUUUUUUUUAUCUAUUUGGCAUUGGAUGCUUUAACGAGGAAAAUAAGAGUCAUGUCGGAUUCGAUUU